GUGUGUGUGUGUGUAUAUUUGAAAGGGUUUUUUGGGGUGGGGGUCAGGGUGGAGGAGUUUGGCCACUCUCUGUCCCGGGGGAGGGGGAGGCGCUGCCAAAUCCUUGCAAUUCCGAAGGGGAACUCCCCCCCCCCCCCGUCCCAUUUGAACCCCACGGCUGGCGGGACGUCUUGGAGGACCCAGAUCAGAAAAGAUGGACACUUUCAGCACAAAGAAUCUGGCUGUCCAAGCUCAGAAGAAACUCCUGAGCAAGAUGGCGUCCAAGAACAUGGCGAGCAUUUUCAUUGACGACACCAGCAGCGAGAUUCUGGACGAGCUGUACCGGGUAACCAAGGAAUUCACCCGAAAUCGGAAGGAAGCCCAGAAGAUCAUCAAGAACUUGGUCAAGGUUGUCGUGAAGCUGGGGGUCCUCUACCGCAACGGACAGUUCAACUCGGACGAGCUGCUGCUGAUGGACCGCUUCCGCAAGAAGGUCCACACCCUGGCCAUGACGGCCGUCAGCUUCUACCAAAUAGACUUCACGUUUGACCGCCGGGUCAUGUCGAGCGUGCUCAACGAAUGCCGCGAACUCCUGCAUCAGGCAGUCAACACCCACCUGACGGCCAAGUCCCAUGGCCGCAUCAACCACGUCUUCAACCACUUUGCGGACUACGAAUUCCUCUCGGCACUCUACGGGCCUUCGGAGCCGUACCGCACGCACCUGCAGAGGAUCUGCGAAGGGCUGAACCAGAUGCUGGACGAGGGCAACAUUUGACUGCCAAAAGUCAAUUUGACUACCUUUGGCAGACUUUGUUCCGGCCAUGAGCCAAGGCGCUGCCGAAAGACCUCUGUUGACUUCGACGGCGUCCAGUUUCUAUCCCUGUCUCUGUGCGGUGCUAAAAUCUUGCCCUCUCUUUCUUUGGUUUCUCAACUCCUUACCUGCAACGGUGGCAGCUGGAAUCUCUGCGCUGACCCUCCCUCAAGUUAAAUCCAUUCUGCAAACAGCUGGUAUCUAUACCAGAUGGAGCCAAGGGAAGACAAACCAUUACGGGCAUCUGUGGAUCUGCUAAUCUCGGGUCUGGAAUAAAAAUCACCUUCACAGAUCACAUUCAGGGUCCACCUAAUCUGACGUUUUGGCCUGUAUCCUAUGAGCAAAGUUUGAAGCCUUUCUAUCAUCAAAACACCUUCCUCCAAUGAAGCAGAAGAGAGUUUUCUGUUGGAGGAGGGCUCCAUACUGAGCUGAUACGAUACAAACCUGGGUCUUCAGCAGUGGCAUAGUGGUUGAGAGCAGGUUCACUCUGAUCUGGAGGAACCGGGUUUGAUUCCCCACUCUGCCGCUUGAGCUGUGGAGGCUUAUCUAGGGAAUU